AUGACCUCGCAGGGAUUUUCUUUCCCGCCCCCGCCUCCGCCGCCGCCGGCAACUAAUCAGGCGCCGGCUCAGCAAUCGACACAACAUGGACAAAAUUGGGGCGGACACGGCGGACAUGGUGGAGGACAUGGCGGAGGUCAGCGGGGACGUGGAAGAGGACAAGGCAACCGAGGCCGAGGGGGAAAUCACGCAGCAGGUGGACAGGCGCCAUCGUAUCCUCCCCCUACAGGUUACAACUACGCGCAACCCAUGUAUGGCGGAUACCCUCCUCAACCUCUUCCAACGGCACCUUAUAUGCCUCCCCAACCCUACCAUCAUGGACAGCCGCCAGCUUUUCAAAAUCCUCAAAACCCGCCCCCGUACCCAUCCCAACAAUACCCCCAGUCGGUAGCUUCGGGGAACUAUCAACAUUACAAUACGCCCAACCUUCCUACACCUUACCCUCCCACACCUCCGACGUACAUGCAAGGUUUACCAACACCUCCCCAUGGCCAUCCACCAAACAGUCAAGCAAUGAUGCCCCCCAUGUCAUGGCGCAAUGAUAUGCCCGGCACGGCGCCAUACAUGGGUGCUCAAUCGGGACAAGCCCGAGGGCCACGACCUCAUGCGCAUGGCAAUCAGGGUCCGAAACCCAAGCAUACCCAGAAGCGGGAUCACUCGUCUGCAUUCAACAAGCCUCAAUCCACUGCACCACGGACUCCCGCUGCACCUGCCGUCCCAAGCUUCGGCAACCCUCUGCCCUCGAAGCCACCACCAGCCGCUGACUCCACAGCUAACAGAAAGGCAAAGAAGAGAAAAAGGAAGCACAACCAACUCGGACUGACUCCUCAGACCGAAGACCACGAGUCAAGCGAAGAAGACGCCGAUGAAGAUGAAGAAUCGAAGCUGGCGCAAGGUGGAUCUGAUGCCGCACCACUUCAGGUCUCAUACAAAGGAAAAACAUCUACCUUACAAACACAAUCCGAUAUUGCUGCUUGGAUUGCAGAGCGGAGGAAGAAGUUCCCCACUAAAGCUCGGGUUGAAGAAAAGAAGAAGUCUAUGGAGGAGGCAAAGGCAGCCCGAGAGGCAGCUCGUCAACAAAAGCAAAAGGAACAACAGGAAAAGCGAAAAGAACAUAUCCAAAAGCAAAAUGAACAACAGGAAAAGCGAAAAGAACAUAUACAAAAGCAAAAUGAACACAAGACAGAUCCCGCUGCAGAUGCGGCGACCAACGCGCAGCGCAGGGAGAAGAUCCGGCGUAACCUUGAACGAGAGGAGAAACGAAUCCAAAAAGCCAUGGCUGAGACUGAAGCUGCUCGUCUCAGAAUGGAAGCUCUACAGAAGGAGGCAUUGAGCCUGAAUGCAGACCUUAGCCAAGACGAAGAUGCGGGCAUCACGACCAUGCAGCAAGACCCAAGCCCGGACCCAGUUAUCAAGGCUGAACCCGCAAGCGCGGUGCCAGAACCAACCAUCAAACCCGAACCCCAAAUCGCAGUACCCGAGCCAGCCAUUAACACUGAACCCGAAACCGCAGUUCCGGAGGCAGCCACAAAGACUGAGCCUCGGGACCCCAUUCCAGAGCCCGCGCAAUCGACUAACCCCGCUUCUCUCGCGACAGAGGCGCAGGGAGACCCUGGAUCCUUGCCCGAGUCCAAUAUCGUGCAAUCGAUCAACACCGAACAUCCUACCGACCAUGGCUUGGAUGGCAUGGAGAUCGCAUCCGAUCACGGGGCCAGUGAUUGGACGUCUUCGGGUGCUUCUAGCUCAGAUUCCGACUCCGACUCUGACAGCGACGACUCCGCGCCAGAUCAAGCAACUUCACGUCGCACAGCUCCAGAUCGAGUGCCGCCCCCACCCCGCGAAGGCAAAAAGACUGUCUGCCGUUACUUUGCACGCAAUGGGCAUUGUAACCGUGGCGACCAGUGUAAAUUCCUUCAUGAGAAUGACCCUGAACGAACCUCAAAGGCCAAGGCAAAGUCUACGGAGAAGAAGGAGAAAGAGACGAAACGCAAGGGACUUUAUCAAGCUUUGCUGGACCGACAGACCGAAGACGAUGACCGCCGGGCAAUGGAAGUGAUCGUCUGGCUCGGUCAGAAUAAUAUGUUGGCGGAUUGA